GAAAGAAAGCGCCGGCGAACGAUUCGUGGCGCAAAUUCCGAGACCCCUGAGUUCAUUGACUCCGAGGAAGAACAGCCGGUCGAAUCAAUCGACCUGACAGAAGUCGACAAACUUUCAGCUCUUGACAAAGCUUUGGCCAAGCAACGAGAGGAUGCGGUCAAGGCUCAGAAUGACAGAGACUCGGAGAAAGCGCGGUCAUUACUGACUGCUUACAAAUGUCCCGUGUGUAUGGACACGCCGGAAGAUGCGACAACCACGGUUUGCGGUCACCUCUUCUGCCAUCGGUGCAUCAUCGAUACUUUGAAAUUUAGCGAGGAACAGCGGGCUGAUUCUGCCACCAAAGGUCCCCGGGGGACAUGUCCUGUGUGUCGGAAACCUCUGGCUCGGAGGGACGAAGCAGGGCCAAAGAGGAGCUUGAUUCCCCUCCAACUUCAGCUCACGAAACGAAGUCGAACCGCAGUACCAGCG